AUGUUCUCAUAUAGAGCUUCAGAUGAGGCUGCUCGUUUGAAGUCUUUUAAACUGAUUGUGGAAAAUCCAGAAAAACCUGUUGCAUCUGGACUUCAAGUUACAGCUGUUGUGGAAUAUUAUCCUGAGAGUGAAGAAGAUCUUCAAGAUAGACUACUUCUUUUAAUAGAAGAUGACAUAGUUGAUAUCCCCCUGCUUGGAUUAAUUCCGUGCUGUUAUCUGGAAAUUGAGUCAGACAUUAAUUUUGGUGCAGUGAUUGCAAACAGUAAAAUAAUUAGUAAAGAGAUUAAUAUUGCUAACCAUGGAUCAUCUUCAGGUGCAUUUAAAAUAUCAUAUGAUGGUGUUGUCCUGCUUAACAUAGAACCUACUAGCGGAGUGGUAGAGCCGAAAUCUAUAAAGAAGGUUAAAGUGGAUAUCUGCACAGAUGUACCCAGAAUCAUCAAAGAAGUGAUAAAAGUGGAGUUGGAAGGUCAUGGCUGCACUGAAGUAUGGAUCAAAGCUGUUGUGGUUGAACGAGUUCUUAAAGUUCUAGGAGUGUCUUGUGGAAAUGUAUUGGAAUGUAUUAACUUUGGACCAGUUUACUUUGGGUCUUCAAAGACUGAACAAAUAUCUUUAUACAAUGAAAGUCCUGAGUGUACGGACUGGGUAGCAGUACUGGAAGACAAUGCCAUUGGAGGAGAGAUGGGGACAGAUCUUCAGAGGAGUGCAGAUGCUGUUUUACAAGACUUGAGCCUCAAAAAUAGAACAAGAGAUAUAGAUGUUUCCACCUUGAUCUUGUGCAUUCCCAACCAAGGAACCUUGCAACCUUAUGAGAAAUCAUUGGUUACAUUGUGCUUUAGUCCAAAAUUUAAAAGGGACUUUGGAGUAAAUGACUCAUCACUGAAACAAGAUUACGUACUGUUUCUGAGAUUUGAAGCUGUUGGGAAUAAAGAUGGCUAUCUGCAGGCCCUUGAUGAUGGCACAGCAUUCACAGUGAAUCAUCCUCAUCACAUGGAGUUAGCCUUGACAGGUUCUGGGCUUCCUGUCAUGUUAACUUUUAAUCCAGGACCAGUUAUUAAGUUUAUGGACUGUUUUUUGGGCGAACAAACACAAGUUCUAUGCACACUCAGAAAUGAAUCUGAGUCCCUUCCAGUAACAUUCAGCUUCUGCAAGACCGCUCACUUUAAUAUUUUUCCUGAAAAAGGAAAAAUUAAAAAAAGAUCUGCAAAGGAUGUGAUAUUUUCAUUUUCUCCCCAUCAAAUAGGAACAUUUAAAGUGAAGCAAGUUGUUGAUAUCAUUGGUACAGGACUAGAGAAUAAUAAUUUACAGGUUUCGAAGACAAAAUCCUUUCAUCGCAUGUAUUUGAGCUUUAUUGGUGUGUGCAAAUCUAAACGGAAAAACAUUCUAUUCAAAGUUAAUCCUGGUAUAACACCAAUGAUUUCCAAUGCAACUGGACAGUUUGUAGCUGAUGGCACAGGACGGUACACUGAUACAGCACCUGUGGCAAUACUUAAAUCCAGCCAAACACAAAUUCAUACUCAUCGGAUAAACAGGAAUUGUAAUGGUGAUGCACUUACAGCUUUUCCUAAUGACCGUGCAGCCAGCAUUAGGCCUAGUGAAAGGAAUAAAAAGUACAGGACUAUUUUCACAAAGACUGAAAGAUAUAAUUAUAUAGAUCCGGAGUUUUCUUAUACUGACUGCGAACGAUUGUCAAAAGAAGAACAUAAGGAAUACUACGCAGACUUCAUUUCUAGUUUAAGACAGCGUCGUUUACAGAAAGAUGCUGCUAGGCAAUUUUAUAUUUAUAAUAAUUCUGUGAGCAUAGGCCUUAAACCAGCUGAAGGGCUUGUGUCACCAAAGAUUUCAAUCACAGAUUUUCACAAGGAGAAGCUACAGUUCAAAAUGUUUCCUUUAGAUGAGAAUUGCCUAUUAACUAGUCGAAAAUUGGCAGCAAUUGGUUCUAAAUCUUCAAUCAAAGAAAUUUGGAGUGGGCUUAGCGCUAUGCCAUAUUCUACCCAGGAGAAGGAAGAUUGUAGUCUAACUUUGACAUCCAAGCAGCUUCAUCAAAUAUUCAUUGGUCCUUCUACUAUGGAUUUUGGUGAUGUUUGUGUGUAUUCUACAACAGCCAGAAAACUGCACAUCAUCAAUAACUUGUUAGUUCAUAUAUGGAUACAAAUUAAGAUUGAAAUUGAUGAAUUACAGCAGACGGGUCCAUUGUCUCAGGUUGUGCCUCCUCUUACAAAGACUCAUAUUCCAAUUGUAUUUGAGACAAACACUCUUGGAAUGUUUAAAAGGUCUUUCACUUACACAAUAAACAACCAACACCUUGGGCAUGUGCUGGUAGUUGCAAAUGCAGUGUCUGUUGAACUUGAGCUGUCUGCAAGGGAAGUGAUUUUAAAUCCUAUUCCUGGCUACCUAGCAGAGACAGAAUUUAGAACAACUGUCAGGGUAUACAAUUCUAGAAACCAUCCUGCUGAGUUUACUUGGAAACCUAUAAUUACAGAUAGAGGAACUGCAUUUUCUAUACGUCCAACCAAAGGCUUUGUGGAGGCCUAUAGAGAUCUGGAGUGUGAAGUUGUUUGGCAUCCAGGGUUCAACUCUCCAGAAGAAGGUGAAUUCAACUUGUGUGUGCGUAAAGGAAACACAAUUAAGUUGAAAUGUUUUGCAAAGCUUGGUACUACUAAAGUUCAGUUUGUGGAACAAAGGAUACCCUUCAGUCAUAGUCCAGUGGGUUUAUCUACUUGUAGAACAGCCAUUCUUCAAAACAUAGGACACAAUCAUGCGUACUUCCAAGUUCUUGAUUCAAACCCACUGCCUGGAAUGCUGAUCACCCCUUCUGAAGGGGUGAUACCUGUGGGAGGCCAUGCUGAUCUCAAAAUCUGUUUCACUCCGAAUGCAAAAAUGAGUUUUGACACGAGAGUGGAGGUAGCAGUGCGAAAUUCAGGAGUACUAGUACUUAGGAUUGGUGGAUUUGUAGAGAUCCCUGAAAUAAACAUUGAUGUGGAACUAUUUGACUUUAGUGGUGUUUAUGUCGGCUCUACAAAAUCAAUUCCCUUUUUGCUGCAGAACAAAGGACAAGCAUGUACCAGAGUGGAGUUUGAUUUUUCUAAGUAUAAGGAUUUUAAAUUGAAUGCUAAUGACCAUUCAGUGGUUGACUGCUGUUCUUCAAAGCCUUAUUUGUAUUCGGUUAACUUAAAGGGAAAGUCAGCUUUGCAAUGCUUGUUGUCCUUCAUGCCAAAAGAGCUGUUACGGUGUUUCUCCAGGCUGGAUGACCUGCCUGGUAGCAGCAGAGUCAUGCAUGGUCUGGAGCAUAUUUUUGAAGAUGUAACUUGA